AUGGAAGACCUUUCAGCUAUCAGUGUCACUGAACAGAAUCCUUUUUGCGUAGAAAUGAUGAAACGGCUCAACAUACAACGAAAACAAGGCCACUUAUGCGACAUAACUUUGAUUACGAAAGAUGAUCAAGAGUUUAAGGCUCACAGAAAUAUCCUUUCCGCAGCGAGUCCGUUCUUUCGCAAGCUUCUUCAGAGCGAUAUGAAAGAAAAUCGGGAGGGGAUCGUUCGGUUCGAGGAGAUUUCGGGAUCUGCUAGGGAAGAUGUUUUGGAAUUCAUCUACACUGGAACUGUAGAGGUUACUGAAGAAAAUGCCGAAGAGCUGGUCGUUGCUACAAAUUAUCUCCUCGUUACAAAUUUGAAAAAAAUCGCCAGUCGAUUUAUACAACAACGAAUGUGUGAGUUAAACUGCAUUUCCACCUUCUACCUCGCUGAGAAAUACGAUUGUGAAGAGCUUCUAAACGACAGCAAGAGCUUCAUUCACGCGAACUUCGCGUCUGUAGCAGACACGAAGGAAUUCCUAAGUUUGGAAGCCAAAGAGGUGGAGAGAUGGAUUUCAAGUGAUGAGAUUGUUGUCGAAACAGAAGCUGAUGUUUUCCAAAUUGCGCAAAAGUGGGUUGAACAUAACAAGAGCGAGCGGAAAGCAGUCUUUGAAGAGCUGCUUCGUCACGUUCGACUGGUUAUCGUAUCGCGUGACUAUUUGUUGAAUGUCGCGACAAACGAACUCGUGCGCGACAAUGCUGGUUGUUUCACGCUGGUUUCAGAUGCUAUUAGACAGACUACAUUUUCAAGCGAUGAUGACCUUCUCCAGUCCCCGAGAAAAGGGCUUGACACACGUGCUAUAGUGGCUUGUGAAGGAGAAUAUGCCUUUUGUUAUGUCCCUCAGAAAGAUGAGUGGAAAAGGUUACCUACAUGCAGCUGUUCAGCUAAAAAACCGAGUAUCGGCAUCCCUUCAACCCAUAGAAUAAGAUUUCGUGAUCAGUUAUUCAAGUUUUGUAGCUUGGGUCUAGCAGAGAGGUAUGAUCCUUUCUUAAAUGGUUGGUCAUCAUUCCCCUUCUGCUUUGGCAUAGGUUGGGACAAAGUGACUGUCAUUAAAGGAGAGUUAUUUUCUAUCCAUGAAACCGUCGCAAGAAUUAAGAAGGAUAAAAUUAACACAAAAACAGUAGCCAUCAAAAAAUUCCAGGUAGAGACAUGUUCAUGGCAAAAGCUUCACUCCUCUUCUCAAUGCUACAGGAAAGAUUCUUGUGUCAUUGGAUCUGGUAACUUUCUGUAUCUUUUGGGUGGGACGUUGCCACAUACAUCCCAACAUGUUGCAAAAGCUAACAGAUUUGACAUUACGGAAAAGAAAUGGGAAGAAAUUAUAGACAUGCAACAAGCAAGGGGUGGGGCUUUUGGUGUGGCCAGUCAGGAAAAGAUUUUUGUUGCUGGAGGAGCAAAUGAAGAAAGCACAGUGUUGAAAACAUGCGAGGUGUACAAUACUUCCACAAAUGAAUGGCAGUUAAUUGCAAACUUGAAUGUUUGCCACACACAUGGUAGUAUGGUUUGUCUUGGUGGAACAUUGUAUGUGCUGGGUGGCUUUGACCAAACUGAAAGAAACCCAGAACAUUCAGUUGAAUGUUAUGAUAAACAGGGCAAGUGGAUUGUGAAGACAACCAUACCAGUGGAAGAGGGCUAUGAGGAAAAACAGGCAUUUAAAGGCUGUGUGCUAAAGUUCUCUAAAGGAGUAUUGGAUUAUCUUGAUAAUGCAGUUGAGGAUGAGGAGGAGAUUAUUUACUGGGCAUAA